AACCCAGCUAGUGCAUCUCUGGUAACCUAACCGUGAGGACCUCUUAGGCUGCAGUCCGUCUGUUCGUAAACUCCUACCCCUUCUACUUUGUGCUGUGCAGACCUUGUGCGUUCGUUGAUUUUUUUUGUAUAUAAAGCAUGGAGGGGAAGAGACAUAUGCCUAGGCCCGUAAACCUAGAGGAGGCUGACGAUGGCGUGGUGGAGUUCACGCCGCUGAGCCAGGACGAAGAAGGCACUGUGACUAUCGAGGUGCCGGUUCCCGAGGAACGUGCCGCAUGGGGCUCCAAGAUGCAGUUCAUGCUUUCCUGCAUUUCUCUCUCCGUGGGUCUCGGCAACGUCUGGCGGUUUCCCUAUCUGGUUCAACAGGAUGGAGGAGGUGCAUUCCUCAUCCCUUACCUGAUCAUGAUGGUACUGGAAGGGGCUCCACUCUUCCUGCUGGAAUUGGGCAUCGGCCAGAGAUUACGGCAGGGUUCUUUAGGAGUAUGGAACCUCAUCUCUCCAUGGUGGGGUGGUCUUGGUGUGGCCUCCACCAUUGUGUCCUACCUAGUGGGACUCUAUUAUAAUGUCAUCAUCGCUUGGUGUUUCUAUUAUCUUUUUAAUUCAUUUAGAUCACCGUUGCCAUUUGGAGUGUGUCCAAAUGAAACGAUAGAACAUCUUAACAUCACACUACCGGUAGAGGAAUGCGAACUUUCCAGUGAGACCGCAUACUUCUGGUACAGACAGACCAUUGAUGCUUCCCCCUCCAUUAGUGAGACUGGUGGCAUCAAAUGGUGGAUGGCCAUGUGUUUGACCUUCUCGUGGCUUCUUGUGUGGCUGUGCAUCAUGAAGGGUAUCCAGUCAUCAGGCAAGGUGGUCUACUUCACUGCCAUUUUCCCCUACUGUAUAUUAAUCAUCUUUUUUGGCCGAGCUGUCACGUUAAAAGGAGCUGGGGAAGGACUGAAGCACAUGUUCACACCAGAUAUGAGUAAGCUUCUUAACCCGACUGUCUGGAUGGAUGCAGCGUGUCAGGUCUUCUACUCUCUUGGGCUGGCCUUUGGUUCCCUCAUUGCUUUUGCAUCUUACAAUCCCAUGAAGAACAAUUGCAAACGUGAUGCCGUGUUUAUGUGCAUCAUCACAGUAUUCACAGCAACUUUUGCCACCAUAGAUAUCUUCGCUGUGCUUGGCUUCAAAGCUGUGGCCAACUAUGAGAAAUGUGUGGAACAUAAUAUCCUGAAGUUGCAGAGCAUCAAUCAUAUUCUAGAAGCACGUACUACAGAUGUCAACGUUACAAUUGAUAACUAUGAGGAAGUCUGGCCAGUUAUAUUUCCCAGAAUCAAGGAGUUUUAUGAAAAUGAAACACACAAACAUAUCAAGACAUGUAGUGUUGCUGAUGAACUCAAUCAGGCUGCAGAGGGCACAGGACUUGCCUUCAUCGUGUUUACACAAGCUAUUGUAGAAUUACCAGGGAGCAAUUUCUGGUCAGUUUGCUUCUUCAUGAUGUUAUUAGCACUUGGUCUUGGCUCUCAGUUUGGUACUAUGGAAGGAGUCAUCACAAAUAUGUUCGACAUGAAGGUCUUUGCCAGAGUUCGGAAAGAAAUUUUGACAGGUUGUGUGUGCUUGUCCAGCUUGCUGUUUGGCUUGAUUUUCUGCACAGGUGCUGGUGAAUAUUGGGUUGGCAUGUUUGACACCUUUGCUGGCUCCAUGGGCUUGAUCACCAUUGCCUUCUUUGAGACUAUAGUCAUCUCUUAUGUGUAUGGACACAAGAAGUUUUCUGAUGACAUUGAGAGGAUGAUUGGUGAACGACCUGGGAUCUACUGGCAAGCAACAUGGAGGGUCAUCUCUCCUCUCACCAUAUUCUCAAUCGUUGUCGCCUCUGUCUAUUACAGAAUCACUCAUCCCCCUGAUUACCCUGCCUGGAAAAUGGAAGAAGGCUUUGCUAUUAAGGAGCCAUAUCCAGGCUGGGCAAUGUUUGUAUGCAUGUUGCUGCUUUUGGGUGGCUUCCUUCCCAUCCCCAUUGUUUACUUCAUGAGACGUUGUCAGUGCAUACGCUUCGACACCGACAUUCACCAGGCCUCGAUCAAGAGAGUCGAGACUACAAUUUCCACUCAAGGCAUGAUCAAGGGCGAAGAGCCAAUGCCUCGAAUCGACACUUCUGAUAGCGAGUGGACACGUCUCUUCAUUGAUAGGGUAGAUUCAUCCAACAGCCUUGAUGAUAACCUCUAAUGAAAGAGGUUGAGCUUGAAGAGUACCAUGACUCUCCCGCGGGUGAGGAUGACGAUGAUGACGGAGGUCUUACAGUCCAGGGUGGCAAGUUCCGUAUGGAAGUGAUUGACUAAGGAUCAGUUGUGAUAGUAAUUGUUUUGAAAAAUCUUGGAUACAAACACAUUUUGGGUUCAGCAAGAUGUCAAGUGCAAGGCAGCCAGCACCGAGAAAUUUUAGCAUUAAAUGUUUAUAAUGCUUUAUAUAUAUCUGCUACAUAUGGGAAAUAUCAGCAUGCAAAGCUUGGCUAAGCUUAGUGCCAAAUUAAGCUGAUUAAGCAGCAUAUGUACAGUGUUAGGGAUCUAGGUAAAAAGGAUUUAUCUACCGAUGUAUGUGUAAGUAUAGACUACUUUAUUCUGUGAAUAACAAACACUGAAAAGUUUUAGAUGCCACAUUUUUCUCAGUUACUGUAUAAUGCAGAGUAUUUUAAGUUUUUAAGGUAAAAAAGUGAUUUUAAUUUUAUGUAUAUUUAAAUUACUUAUUUGCUUGUUUUUAUGAAUAUUUAAUCCAACUACAUAAUGAAGCAUUUCUUGGUUUAUAUUGUGCAACAAAUAAUUUGAGAAUUGCAAGCAUAAGCAAAUUUAAAUUUGAUAAUCUUGAGUAAUUUUUUAAAUUCUGCUUCAUUACUUCUGUUGAAACUUUAAAUUAUUUAGUACAAUUUUCAAUUCUUAGUAAUUGUUAUUUUAUUAUUCUUUUGCAUUAUGUUUUGCAGUUCAUUCUUCAUUAAACAAGUCAUUCUUCCAUCUACAGCAAAUAUUCUCAAAAUUUAUAUUCUUAUGCAGCACUCGGCAGUUAAAUACAGUAUCAAUAACCCAAAUCAGUUACUGGAAAGAAUUUAUUCAGACAUUCAAAAUUAUUUGUAUUAGUAUUUUGCAUGUAUGUGUCAGUUAAGUAAAUUAACAAAGCAUAAAAGUUUGAUACAUUAAUUAGGAAAAAAACAAGGAUUGUAAUAUUGUAGACCUCAUUAUUAAAAUUUGAUCAAGACUUUGCAUGGCAAUUAAUUCAUCAUUCUUUCACUGAUUUUACAGUAGAAGUAAUAUAUUAAACUGCAGUAUAAAAAUUGCUUCAUUAUUUCCUCAAAUCUUAUAUUUAAUGCUUUUAUGAUGUUUAGUAGAUAAAUAUAAGCUUAAUGCUUUGCAAAACAUUUGAAGUUGUAUCGGUAGGCCUCAUCAUAAUAUUUUCCAAUUUCUGAAAUUCUACUUGGUAUGGUUAAUAGAGUAUGAGUUUUGAAAAAGAAAAAAAAAAGAUUACUUGUUUAUAGGUAUGAAAAAGUAGGCUAAGUAUGUUUUGCAAGUUGCAUAUAGUAAGCUGCAUUAAUGAUAUUCACUUCACGAAGUUCACCAAUAAAAUGACAGUUUAUAUCGACACAUACUCCGGCAGUGUAACUUUUUACUGGAUCUCAUUUUUGUUUGUAUAUACCAGUAGAAUUCAGUACCAUCUAUCAGGAGCCUUGUUCUAUUAAUUAUGUCAUCACAUUUAGCUUUACCAGCAUUUAAUUUAAUGACUUCCUUCACUGUAAAUCAUGAAUUGUUUUUGUACAUGAAUAAUUCAUUGUAUCUGACCAUCAUAUUCCCAUUGUCCAUCAUCAAGAUUAACUAGUACAGUUAUGUCAGUUAUAUUAAGAAAAUUAUUAGAAACGUCUGACACUAUGGUAAUAUACUAAAUCACAUUUUAGUCAAUGUAUUCAAAAAUAAUUUAAUGUAAACUAUCUCUUGUCAGUUGUAAGUUAACUUCCAUGGAGGCCUCAGACCCGAACUGUUGUCAUUGUGACCGAUGGCAAUUUGUGCCUUUUGAUGAAUCUACAGUAAGCUGAUUGGCAUGUGAAUCUCAUUAUUACAUCUGAGUGGAUAAAUAUUUACGUGCCAUUUCAGCUGUGACCAGACAUGGUAAGCAAAUCGUGUGUUUGUGGUUACAAUGACCUGUUUAAUAUCAUAGUACCACAGUAUGUUUGCCUUUAUAUUCAUCAGUAUUUUCUUCUAAAGUAUAAAAUCUGUUACUAAUGCCUCACUCUACCUAUAUAUUGAUGUAGUUCUACAUCUUACAUUUGUCACAUCUACUUAUAUUGAGAAUAAGACAGUGGUGUAUGCUUUGCACAUAUUUUCUCAACCAACUUUACGCUUUCAAAUACAGUACUGUAUUAUAGAUUCCAAUACUGGAAAACUUAAUUUGUAAUUUUUGCAUGCAUCUAUUGCUAGAACGAAUUGUCUUUUGCUAAUAAGAAUGUUGGAAAAGAUUAAAAUUGCCUCCAACAAGGUUGAGUAAUGAGGAAGAUGGCAACUAGAGUACAGAGACUGCAAACAAUAAUCUUUCAUAGUCUAAAUUAUUAUGGUUUAAUUUUAACAAUAAAAACAUACUGAUGUGAUUGUAGCCAAAGAAGUGAACAAUCAAUGAUAAAUAAUAUUUACAUUUAUUUAAUUAUAAAUUUAAACAGUGUACUGUACUUUCAAAUCAUAUAUUUGUUGUGGGUCAGGGCUGUUUAGAGAGAUUCAUCAAUAGUAUUUCCCUAAAAGAAGCUUCUUGGCAUAAUAUAUUUAAAUUAUAGCAUAAUUUUAUAUUUAAAAAACUGAACAUGCAAGCUUUCCCCUAGUGUUCUGUGAUGAGAGAAAAUAUAUUUUUUCUAUAGAAAUAAGGAAGAAAUAUAUUUGCAGAUUAUAUUUAAACCAUUUCCUUCUCGCAUAAGCAGUAGAGAGUCAUCAAAGGCACAAUGUCAUUGGUAGGAGUGUAGGAUAUGUACAUAAAAUAUUGUACAUUAGAUGUGUAAAUAAUCAUGUCAUUUGAUCAUUCUUCAUGUAAAGGCAAAAUUUUUAAAGAAUGUAAUAACCUUUUUACAUGACUUUAAUUAAAAACUGAACAAUAAAUUAAGUUGUCUGAAUUCAGUAGUCUGAAUUUAAUUGUAAUUAAAUGUAUAAAUUAUUAAAUAUUUUUUGCCUUUUAAUGUCAUAUAGCAAUGAACAGUAUCACUAGCAGUCAAGUCUUUUUAGAUAGAGUAUACAGUAUAAAGGAAACUUAUUUUUGUGUUUGUCAAAACAUUGUCAUGUAUAUAUUACAUACUGUAGUAGUAAUAUCAGCUCUCUGAUCUGCUAAGUUUAAGAUGUCGUUUAAGUGUUUGUAAUGUAAAUCUUUAAAACUAGUAGAAGAAAUUUUUCUUUUUAUCUAACAUCAUGAGAUAUGAUGUCCCAGCUACUUGCAGUGUGACUUGUUGAGCUCAGUGUUAUGUCGUAACUCAUAUUAUAGAUUUAUUGUGAACCGAUCAUAAAGAAUAUUUUCUUAGCAGAAUCUCAAAAGUUACUUGCAAAUUUCCUCUCUGAUGUGCAACUCAUGAUAUUUAGCAAUGUGCAAUAUGAGAUAACUUGUUAUAUGCAUUAUUUUAUCUUAUUUCAUUAAAAAUAAUUUCCUUUGGUAUUAU